AUGCUGGCCGACGCCGCCGCCACUGUGACGCUGCUGCUGCUCGUCGUUCGCGGCCCCCUCGCCUUGAGAGUUUCGCACGACUGCGGUUUAAGGGAAUGGGAGUACCCCUCGUUCAACAUCAUCGGAGGAGUUCGGGCGCUUCCAGGCGAGUUUCCCUGGCAGUUGCGGCCCGAUUCACAGGGCCAGAAAAUCUCCCGGAUGGCCGACGAGAGCGCCGAAGCCACUGACGGCAUUGCGGUGAUCGCGUCUUUCUCCGGCAUCUACAAUCGUGUAUAUAAAGCCUGCGGAACAUCGUGGCGUCUCAUCGAGUUCGAGGCGGUGUACGACGCAGGUCACGUUUUUGAAUGCGCGGUCGAGGCUGUCGACGGAGACCACAUCGCCAUGCCGGCUCACGCCUUGCGAACAAGUGGACUUGUCUCGGUGCGGAAAAUAUUCACCAGGGGCACGAGGCACCACUGUGGUGGAGCACUGCUUACGGAUCGGUGGGUGCUCACGGCGGCCCAUUGCGUCAUCGAUUCGCAGGGUCGCCGAGCGUCUCCUUCGGAGCUUUUCGUUCGCGUUGGGGAGUACGACCAGAGACGGACCGAAGGCAGCGAGGUGCAGGUGCGAGUGACGCACGUGAUCCCUCAUCCGGGCUACGGACGGCUGCAGCGCGACCUGGCACUUCUGAGGCUGGCCAAGCGACUUCGGCGAUCCCCCCACGUUAGGCCGGCUUGCCUGGCGCCCACGUCUCUGAGGCCCCUGUCUAACCUCAGCUGCGCCGUGUCCGGCUGGGGCAACGAACACACUCAGGGCACAACCGCUGACAUCCUGAACAAGCUACGUGUGCCGCUUCGGCCACUCAGCGAUUGCCGCUUCAUCUACGACGUGCCCAUCGGGCUGUGGCACCUAUGCGGUGGAAGUCCCGGAAGAGGCGUGUGCUACGGCGACUCCGGCGGUCCGCUGUCGUGUCAGCUAUCGGACGGUCGCUGGUACGUGCUGGGAGUGGCGUCGUUUGGUUCCGGCUGCGCCCGAUCCACUUACCCGGACGUGUACACGCGCGUGCACUACUUUGCCGGAUGGAUACGAGACACCAUCACCGCUUACUCGCGCCCUGCUAGAAGAGGGUGAAUAAAUGAGCAUUGCCUGUCCAGACAAAACGGUGCGCACGUUCAUGGGGGCACUGCUUACACAUCUUCGCCGUUGUAAAUGAGAGGGGGACAACGACGGUUUGCAAUGACGCUAUGACAUCGUUGCUGUCGUUGCUUUGGUGGUUGCUGUAGCUUGAUGCUCUCUUUGUCGUUGAUGAGUUGUCUUGUUGCUUCUGUUGCUGUCGCCCCCUUCAGUGUUG